AGUAUUUUUUUUUAUACUAAAGUAUACAAAUCAUUAGCUUCUUUAAACAUAUUUCUAUUUGUGCAAAAUGAGCUCAAUUAUUGGUAGCAAUGAAGCACAAAUUCAUCCAACUACCGAGGAGGAGGCCUCUUGUAUGGCUAUGUGCUUGGCUACGUGGUCCGUACCGUCCAUGGUGUUCAAAACUGUGCUAGAGAUGCAUGUCCUCGACAUCAUCUAUAACACCGGCCCUAAGGCCCAGCUCUCCGCGGAAGAGAUUGUGGCUCAAUUACCCACCACUAACCCUAAUGCCGCGGUAGCCCUAGACCGUAUGCUACGCCUUUUGGCUAGCUUUAUACUCACUUGUACUCAAAAGGUUGGUCCUGAUGGACAGCCUAAGAGGCUGUAUGGGCUUGGCCCAGUUUGCCAGUUCUUGGCUAAGAAUGAUGAUGAGGUUUCUUAUGCUGCUUUUGCUAAUCUUAUGCAUGAUAAGAUUAUCAUGGACACUUGGAAACAUUUAAAAGACUCGGUAUUAAUAGGUGGAAAUCCUUUCGAGAAGAAUUAUGGUAUGGGCAUAUUCGACUAUCUAGGAACAGAUUCGCGAUUUUACAAGGUUUUUUACGAUGGAAUGGACCAUCAUUCUACCAUUGUUAUGAAGAAAUUUCUAGAUAUUUACAAAGGAUUUGAGGGUAUAUCAUCAAUUGUUGAUGUUGGUGGUGCUACCGGUCUUACUCUUAAAAUUAUCCUUUCUAAAUACCCUUCAAUUAAGGCUAUUAAUUUUGACCUACCUCAUAUUAUAAGAGAUGCACCAUCAGUUCCUGGUGUUGAACAUGUUGGAGGGAACAUGUAUGACAGUGUUCCUAAGGCUGAUGCUAUAUUUAUGAAGUGGACUUUUCAAUCAGGAACCGAUGAACAAUGUAUGAAACUAUUGAAAAAUUGCCAUGAGGCUUUACCAGAAGAAGGCAAAGUAAUAAUUUGCGAGUACGUUGUGCCCGAAACACCGAAAACUAGCUACCAAGCUCAUACAGCCUUCAUUUGGGACGCAAUCAUGUUAACAUUUCCAGAUGGUAAAGCAAGAACCAAACAAGAGUACGAGGCCUUAGGCAAAGAGGCUGGAUUUGAAGCUUUUCGUUUGGUUUGUUUCGCUUGUGAUACUUGGGUCAUGGAAUAUCAAAAGAAGAGUGCAAAUUAAUCGAGUUAAAUUAUUGAUAUGAUGAAUCUACUUGAAGAAAUUUCGUUUCUAAUAAUCUAGCUAUUGUGUAGCCAGAGGAUGUUAGUCGAUCUUUUAUCAUUUGAAUGUUUUUACACUUUGAGAAUUUAAUUUUAUUGUCGUUUGCCCUUUUAUUUGACAUUAUGUAUGUCUUGCAAAUUUCAUUAUGAGUUUUAAUAAUAAUUUGGUUGU